AGUACUCAAAGGCAACUAAAGAUGGCGGCGCAGACACAUAAAAAUAACAAACCGGGAAAGUCUGGGGGGAAAGAAGCUCAGCCGCUGAUACUCCCCAAGACUCCGGCGGAGGAGCAGCGUCUAAAGCUGGAGCGGCUCAUGCGGAACCCCGACAAAGUCGCUCCCAUCCCGGAGCGGCCGAAGGAGUGGGCCCCGCGGGCGCCGCCGGAGUUCGUCCGGGACGUGAUGGGCUCCAGCGCGGGCGCAGGCAGCGGGGAGUUUCACGUAUACCGCCACCUGCGCCGCAGGGAAUACCAGCGGCAGGACUUUCUGGACAAAAUGGCAGAGAAGCAGGGCAAGGACGUGGACUACAUCAAGAAACUGGAGCAGAACCGACUGGAGGCCGAGGAGCGGACGGCGAAGCGAAGGAGGAAGCGAGAGAAGCUGAAGCAGAAGAAGCUGCUGGCAAAGAAGGCGAAUACCGAGGGCAAGGAGAAAAAAGACGGAGAUGAGGACUCUGAUAGUAGUGGAGAGGAAGAACGAAAGGAGGAGAGUGAGGAAGAAGAGCAAAAAGAGGACGACGCUGAGACCCCGAGCUUCAUCAUGGGGAGGAAGUGAACAACCGGGAGGGGGUGUUAGCCUGGUCUCUAACCCUGACCGAGUCAGGAGAUGGAGAGACGUAUUAACUGGAUCCGUUUUACUGUUAAACACAGAACUCCCUGAGUGGAUUUUAGCCAAUCACUUGAUUCGGUUUGGACACGUGAUCACACUCUAAAAAAAAAGUUAACCUCUUGGGGUUUUGACUAAAUUGUUUGCUCAUGUUUUGUUUUAAUAAAAAAAAACAAACAACUUUCA